UAAAUCUCAGUAUGAAUUUCAUUGUGAUAGAAAAGCAUCACUAGCUAUCUGAAGUACACAUUUGCACAUAAACUGUUACUAUUACUAGACCACCUGUGGUUAUUUACUGGAACUGUUCUGAGGAUUUUAGUUGAAUGACUGCUUACUGCAUUUUGUGCUUCAAGAAGAAAAUUCUUUUGGCUGAUUUAUUUGUGUUUAUGUGCAAAAGAUUUACUUUAAGUGGUGGCACAAUACAAUACUGGUAAUGAUCAAGAUUCUCAGAAUAUUAGUUAUGAUUCUACUGAAUGUAUGCAUGAAGUUUGUGUGAAUCAUUACAAGCCAAGAUAAGCAUGAAUUCCCAACUCUGAAAGAAUAAUUGACUUCAUAAAGUACUUUUUAUGAUUUCAAUAAGUUUGAAAACUGGACAUAGUGCUUUUUUUUUCUUUAGAAAGUUUUAAAAAAGUGAAGUUGUAGAAACUAUACAUAUAUAUCAUUGAAAAGAGACUACAUCAUCUGUUAUGGUCCAAACCAAGAUUAUAUGAGAAUAAAUAUACUACCUACUGUACUACAGAAAACAAAUUUUAUAGAAUUUUAGGAAGUGAAGUCACCUUCACGGAGUGGAAGAAAUAAGAUUGAUAAAGAAAAUACACCUUAAUGUGUGAAUAUGCCAUAUACUCAUCUUGAAAGCAACAGCAAGUAAACAGAACCCAUUCCUUGAGUGUCAUAUGAACCCAAAACUUCAUGAAGUUGAAACUAAAAAAUUACUCAAGAUAUUCAGGAAGUCGUUUCUUCAUGAAGAUGCUGGAAGAAGACUUGAGGGAAAGAAAAGAAAGAACCUGAACAAAAUAUUUUGACAAAUCUUAAGAAAAGAAAAAGGGAGGCUUGUUUAUAAAAUAGUUUCUCUAUACUAAGAAAAGGAAAAUAGAUACAUCCUUAUAAAUAAAACUUAAAGUACGAAAGUUUUUGUCCAUUUUUAAGUAUAUCAAGAUGAGUGUGGGACCCUUAGUGGUGGAGGUGCUGCUGACCUUCAUAGUGGCAGCGGUGGUGCUGUGCCGUUAUGGCAACUGGUACCGCCAUCACCUGGUGGUCACUGUCUCAGUCCUGGUGGCCUGGUACUUCUCAAUGCUGAUUGUCUUCAUCCUGCCACUGGAUGUUUCCAAUACUAUCUAUGAGAACUGCUUGCAGGACCUAAAGGAGCAAACAAUAGUCCAUCCCUCCAAUGCAGCAUUGCCUGAUGGUGAUGGUGGAGAUGGGGAUAACAACACCCUGAUGGCUGCUGAUCUAACCAUUGAGGGAGUGGAUGGGACCAACAUUACCACCAUCAACAUCACUACCACCACCACCACCACUACCACCACCACCACCUUGCCUCCUCCAGAAGUAGGAUGCCUCAAGCCAUGGAGCUUUGUGCCUGCUGGAGUGUUCCCAGUCUUCUGGAGGGUGGUGUACUGGACAUCACAGUUCUUAACAUGGGUGAUAUUGCCUCUGAUGCAGUCAUACACAAAAGCUGGAGAUUUCACAUUCGGCUCCAAGCUCCGCUCUGCACUGAUAGACAACAUUAUUUACUAUGGCUCUUAUCUGCUUAUUGUGGGCAUCCUCUUGUUGUACAUUGCCUUUACUGACAUGGGCCUUGAUGGAGCCAAGCUACGUGCCAUUGCUGCCUCUGCCUCCAACACUUGGGGGCUGUUUUGGCUAGUGUUAUUGUUGGGCUAUGGGUUGGUUGAGGUACCCCGCUCCAUCUGGCACUCAGCCUCCACUCUUCACACCCUUCACCAUGCUUACUUCCGUGCUGCCAAACUUUCCCAGGAGCGUGCUGAAUCCAAUGAACGAGUCAGCGAUCUCCUUCAGAGCAUGAGGGCCCUGGGUGGCAGCAUUGGGCCUGGCCAUCCCCUGCGGCCACACAUGGAUGUGAUAGAGAGCAAGGUGCCCACAGAGCUAUUGGACAGAGUUCGCCGCCAACCACCCCCAGACUCACCACAUGCUGAUGUGCCAUCAGAGAAAGCUCUUGUCAGACUCCAUAAACAGCUGCUCAAGGCCCUGCAAAACCAACGUCGUGUUGAGACCCAAUGGGGACUACUGGUGGAGAAAGUAGUGGAUCUGGAGGACACCUAUCGUAACUCUCUUUCCCAUGACUCUACCUUCAAGCACUCCACUCCACCGAACCGCCACCACAUCAUCUCCUAUGUCUACACACCUACAAUAGAGUGGGUGUGGCGGUGCAAGGUGCGAGGGUGUUUGCUGCGGGCACUGGCAGUGUUCUUUGCCCUGGUAUCUGUGGUGGUGGUGUGGUCUGAGCUUACCUUCUUCAGCACCAAUCCCACAAUCUCCCUCUUUGCUGUGUUUGUCAACCUAGCCAAGGCCAACUAUGAUUACUUCACUAUUGAGGUAAUCUCUUCCUUGUCCAUGGCAUACAUUGCCCUGUGUGCCUACUCCACCCUCUUCAAGAUCCGUGUACUCAACUUGUACUACCUGGCACCACACCACCAAACAGAUGAGUACUCUCUCAUCUUCUCUGGUAUGAUGCUGUGUCGCCUCACCCCACCCAUGUGCCUCAACUUUCUCUCCCUCAUCCACAUGGACUCCCACGUGAUCAAAGUCCGCACAGAAGAGACCCACUACACCCAGAUUAUGGGCCACAUGGACGUUAUUCGUAUCAUCAGUGAUGGGUUCAACAUUUACUUCCCAAUGAUGAUUGUGGCACUGUGUCUGGCCACCUACUACAGCCUGGGAUCACGCCUUCUCUCAGCUCUUGGGUUCCAACAGUUCAUGUGUGAUGACGACCUCACCACUGACUUGAUUGAGGAGGGCAAGACACUCAUCAACCGAGAAUCCCGUCGACGCCAGAGGAUGGAAGACAAUGCUGCUAGACGCAAGGACUUUGCAGAAAGGUUUGGAGGCGGAGAGUCAUCAGCCAGCAUGUACAGGUCAGCACGACAGAGAGCAGAGGAAUUGGUGCGACCACUAAGGAGGGAAGAUUCCUCAGAAUCUGCCCAACUAGAGCUCCUGGGCGGGUCACAAAGUAUAGCUGACUAUGCCUCUCACACCACCACCACCUCUUCCAUGGAUGACCCAGAGGUGGGGCAGGGUGGGGUCAGGUUGAGUGGCCUUGGCCAGUAUUCCAGAGCCCGCACGCACAAGCCUGACAAGGGGCUGUUUGAUGAUGUAUAAGUAUGAUGCCAUAAAAUUCACUUCAGUAUAGUCCAUUCUGUCACCCCACAAAUGAACAAUUGGUGUUUAUAAUAUGAGGUCCAAAUUUUUCUUAGAAUUUGUGCUUUUUCUUCUGGAAAAUAAGUUAAAAUCAUGAUAAAUCAAACAAAUAAAGUGCACAAUAUGAACAUUAAGUUGAGUAUUUAUGGUGUGAUUAUGCAGAAAUGAGAUGCCAUAUUCAUUUAUAGUCAUAUAUAAAGGUGCAACUAUAUUUAAUAAUCUUAUUCUUGAUUGAUAAUAUACCCAGUUGCAAGACACAAGGCAUAGAAUAUGUAUUCCUUGCAUGUCAUCAAAGAGGACUAAAGACCCUCUCCUCCAUAUGUUUUUCUUUCAAGGUGUAAAGAGGAAGAGGAGAUUCAGUUCUUGACCCUAGAAAAUUAGAUCUGUGAAUGUACAUGUUUGUUCUAUAAUUAAGACUGAAAGGAUGACGAAAAGUACUUGUAUUCAGUAGAUUUAGUGAAAGCAUAUGAUUGAAGUUGGUUUUGGGUGUAAAUAAAUUUAGAGAACAAAUGUAACAAAGUUGAUGAGAAAGAGAUAAACUAUUUUGAAAUUGUAAGGGCAAAGUGAUAGACUGAAUAUCUGAAAAGUUAUGUAGAGAGUGCAGCAUGUGUUACAGUGAGGAAUAAUGUAAGAUUAAUGAUAUGUGAUAUCAGUGGAGUCAAAAUCAGUUGUUAUUUGCAGAUGAUACAGCAAUAAUGAAGAGAUUUUGGUAACUGGCAAAGGAAUUUGUAAGUGUAUGUAAAGAAAGAAAAAUGAGAGUAAGGUAGUGAAACAUGGUAUGAGGAUGAAUGUUGUUGUAAAUGGUAAAUUGCUUGAAAAGGCAGAAUGUGUAAGGAAUUAUGAUCAAGUGUUGCUGUAGAUUGGAGGUGUUUAGAUGCAGAUUGCUCAAUGAAUGCAUAAUUGUAAGACUUGAAACAUGAGAGGACAAAUGAGGAGAUUGAAUAUAAUGGAAAUCUGCAUUAGGAUUGUGUGGAGUGACAUGUCUCAGUUGAAUAGGAAAUGAGGAAGUGCAAAGAACUCUUAUAAGAAAGUUAGCUGAAUAAAUUGAAUGUGGUAUUGUGAAGGAAAAAAAGACUGAUGGGUAAAAAAGGUAACCAGAUCUGAUGUAAGACAUUUAGGCAUGGGAAAAAACAUGAAUAAUGUGAAGAGAGUACUAGAUGCAAGAGUGAUGCUGGUGGAGCAAGAAAGACUGGUUCCAUAUACUAGGGAUGAAUGGAGAGCAAUUAUGAAUGCAUAAAUGAUGUAGCUUGCUGGGCUAGAUGGGAAGUUCCCCCACCACCAGCUAAUCAUCAGCACAGAUGCAAGGAAAGGGAUAGGUACAGCAAGGGAAAACCAGCUCAUCUGUCAGACCUUGCAGUUGAUUUUCCUAAAUGUGCUGUGUGACUGACCCCUCAUGCAUUGUGUGGUGCAGAUCAGUUGUCUCUCCUAUAUAGGUUUAGAGAAAGAUGCAAGAGAAUCCAGGUAUGUGUAUGUAUUUGUGUAGAUACCUUGUCAAACCACCCCCACUUAAAUAAAGUAUGUCAGCUUGUUAUAUAAAUACACCAAUAGGUUCUUUAUCACAUCAUGUGUUCAUGUUUGUGAUGCUAGUCUGUUAAUAAUGAAACCGGUAUAAUUUAUUAAACACAACUACUUUGGUGUUGGUUUAGGUUAGAACAUAAGGCUGAAGAGAAUAGUGUAACAACCAUAAUACUGUGCCUUCUUGAUGCCUCAAUCCAUGAUAUUGGCUGGUAUCAACAAAGUCAUUCUAAACAGGAAGAUUCCAUGGGCCAUAGCAUUAAGGGAACAUGAUGUGGAUGAUACUGUACAAGUUGGAAUGUUCUUAAAACAAAUUUUAGAUAAAGUCACAAGAGAUUAGUGUGUGGCAAGAAUGGUAUUAAUUUACUCUUCAUACACAUUUUAUAAUUAAUAGAUGAUACAUUUAAUUAAUGCAAAGUUUCCUCAGAUCAUUACACUUCCAAAAUCUGAAAGUUAUAUAAUCUUCAAGCUUAGAAUUACUUACACUGAAAUCAGAAUUAUCCUCUUCCAUCUAGUACAUUCAGGACUUAUGGUCAUGUUUUCUACACACUUGGUAUUAAAUGUGGUAACAGCCCAGGAAGGAUUGGUGUGAAAUUUUUGUACAAGAUCAAGAAGGUGCAGUGAACAGCUGAUUACGAUCAGAGAGACAUUUAGUAAUAAUCUGUAGUAAUGAUGUUUUGUGUGCAAUAUUUUCAUGUUAUAUUAAUUAAUUUUGAUGAUAGAAAGCCCUCCUGCUGAUAAACUCCUGAAAACACCACUUCUGUCAUGGUACAUAAUAUGCGACUGGAGGAACAAUAUUCUAGCUAUUGUACAGGCUAGACGUACCUAGGUACUUAAGCAAGUGCUAGAGUAGCUUAUCCAAAUGCUUGGCUGUAAUCCUCCUGUUAAUGUUUAAAUUUUAGCAGGAUCAGUAUGGAGUGAGAGCUAGUCUUCUCUCCUAAUAUCACUUCUAAUGUGGAUAAUUGUUGGCAUCACAGAACAUCAUCAGUGGUAAAGUUGUGAUGUGUAGUCUGUAUUACAAUGCCUAAUGUGGUGGUGGUAGCAGUGGUAGAAGUAAUAAUAAUAAUGAUAAUUAAUGAUAAUAAUAACAAUAAUAGUUGUAAUAGAAAAGUCCAGAUCCAAACAAGUGUCAUCUUGACACCUAUGGCAGAAUAUUAUGUCUUAAUCAUGUAUCAUCACAAACAGCUUAGAUAUAUGUCAAUUUUAGGUGAAGGCUAAGUAAGGAGUGUCACCAAGUUUAUCCACCAUCACUGAUACAUGUAAGCUAGUUUAUAAGGGUCUGGUAUGAUCUUUGUGUAUGUGAAAAUGGGAUUUUAUUUAUUAAUUUAUUUUUAGGUAUUAGCUUGUUUACCCUUGAGGGUGUGGCAUACACUAUGUCUAGUCUCUUGACACACACACACACACACACACACACACACACACACACACACACACACACACACACACACACACACACACACACACAAUGAUAACAUUUUCACUUGGCAUUUGGUAGAUUGAAGUUUAUACCCUGCUGAGAUUGUGUAGGUUUUUGCCACAGAGUGAACUGGGUCUCCUUGAGUUGUGUGUUAUCACUUCAUCACUUUGGACAUUUAGUAAAAAAAAAAAGACAUUAUUUAUCUUAAUUACAUUUACUCCUGUUCUCUUCUACUUUUUCUCUUUUUUGCGUAGUGCAUGUACAUUCCAUUCAUGCCUUUAUAAGACAUCUUAUGCUUACUGACAUGUUCAACCAAAGUUCUCAUUCCCUCCACAAGCUAACAGUUAUGUGCUUAGACUCCUCAAAGCAGAUUCCACCUUUUCAACAGCGUAGUAGUUAUCAUUAUGAUUAUUAUGUAUGUAUCUGUGUGUAUGCGUGCUGGUAUGUCAGCAUCUUGUCUGGGCUGCUUUCUACAUGGAAAUCUAAGCCUCACAUAUAGGAUAAAAUAUGAUAAACUAUUUUCCAAUUGAACACAUACAACAUGAAAUCUCUCUUGAACUCACUAGUAUUAUAAGGUAACAAAAAUACAAAUUAUGAGUACAUCAAAUUACUUUAUGUAAAAUACCACUGUCCACACUAUGCACAGCACCAUCUUAAGCCUUAGCAUUAGAUAUAACAAGAGCAAUGAUAAUGAUCAUUUAUUAUCAUUAUUAUUAUUAUUAUUAUUACUAUUAUUAUUAUUAUUAUUAUUAUUAUUAUUAUUAUGCUUAUGUGUUCAACUCUGGUAAGCAGCAUGUGGUGAGAGUCCAUAAACAGAGAGAGAGAGAGAGAAUUUUUUUGUUUUAUUAUUAUUAUUAUUUUUAUUUUUAUUUUUUUGUCUCCACCCUUCUUUAUUUUAUCAGGCAUCACUGAGUGUGAUAGCAGCUUCCCCACUUCUCCAUAAACUGUGUGUGUGUGUGUGUGUGUGUGUGUGUGUGUGUGUGUGUGUGUGUGUGUGUGUGUGUGUGUGUGUGUGUGUGUGUGUGUGUGUGUGUGUGUGUGUGUGUGUUAUUUAUUAAGCUGUGCAACUAUGGUGAAAUGCAUUUCAUCAACACACUGUGGGUCUGUGGGUUAGCCUAAGUACACAAUGAGACACAGGGCAGAGCAGCAUAGGUGUGGUGCACACAUUGAGAAGUAGUCUAUCAUCCUAUGCAGCACUGUGGUCAUGUCUCACAAAAAAUAAUGUAGAAACUGUGGAUCAUCAUUGCACAUGUACAGGAAACUGCAUUCCAACAACUGAGUGAUACAGACCAACAAAUCUCCAUCUGCACUGUGCUGUCCUGCACACUUCCACUUCAAACACUGAGAUGCAGUUUUCAAUCCUGCUAUCCUACAUUGUCUGUCAUGUUGACAGACAAUGUACACAAUGUGUACUCUCCUUUAUGGUGAGACCUUUCAUGUGAGGUUGUGGGUAGUAGCAGUGGCUUGUAAACAUACUGUGGGGUCUUAAAGAAAGAAAGCACUGGUGUGUGUGUGUGUGUGUGUGUGUGUGUGUGUGUGUGUGUGUGUGUGUGUGUGUGUGUGUGUGUGUACUGGAUAAUAUAAGAAGGUAUUUAUUAUCUACAGUAUACUCGUAUAUCCAUCUACAUUUUCUCAUCUCAUGCCUGUUUCUAAGAACUCCCCAUAGAAAUUAUGCCAGCAGAUAAGACUAUUAAUUUAUACCUUUGCAUUCCCACUUUGCAUACUCUAAUCCUCACAAUCUCCUUUCACUAUCUUCCCUCAUGUACUUCAGCACUCUACUUUUCUAUUUUUUUUUUUUUUUUUUUUUUUUUUUUUUUUUUUUUUUGCACAGCAUCAAUAAUAACCCACCUGACCUAUAUCUCAUUGGUCAUUGUACUGCUUCUAUCAUUACCAUUCUUAUUAUCAUUACUAUGCUGUGCAACUGAUCCUCAGGCAGUGUGGUGUGGUAAGGAUUGGUCCCGUCUCCCCUAGAGGCUAAGUUGUAAAGGAAUGCUUGUUGAAUGUAUGUAGACAACUUCCAGCUACUUCCUUUUGAGGGAGAUAUCAGUCUGUCAUGUAAAUCAUAAUCAUACCAGGCUGUCAUCCCCACAAAGAAGGAUAGUUGAGGCAAAGCACCCCUCCCUCCAUCAUCUGAAUAUUGAGUGACAUUGGAUGCAUUAUACUAUUAAUGAUGUGAAAUGCAUGUCAUAUCAUAAAACAAAAUCUUCUGCUGAAACUUAUCCAUUAAUAAAUCACUGUGGAGUUUG